CAAGAUGGGGAAGGAACUGUGCGCCGUGUCCUUUUAUCGGGCCGCCUUCACUGAGUUCCUGGUCACUGCUAUCUACGUCUUCUUUGGUGUGGGAUCCAUGCUGCGCUGGCCAGUGAACACCCCCUCCAUUCUGCAGAUCUCCAUCACGUUCAACUUGGCUGCAGCCACCGCUGUCCAGAUCGCGUGGCACGCCAGCGGGGCCCACGUCAACCCAGCGGUGACGGUGGCCUUCCUGCUUGGGUCUCGCAUUUCGCUGGCAAAGGCUGCCUGUUAUGUGGUUGCCCAGCUUGCAGGAGGCAUCGCCGGGGCAGCCAUACUUUAUGCUGUGACUCCUGGGAGUAUCCGAGGAAAUUUAGGCAUUAAUACGCUGCAGAACAACCUCAGCCCCGGACAAGCAGUGGCGGUAGAGAUCGUUUUGACCCUCCAGAUGGUUCUCUGCUAUUUUGCCUCCACCGACAGCCUCCGAAGCACGGGUUCUCCCGCUGUCAUGAUUGGCAUCUCAGUUUCGCUGGGACACUUAAUCGGGAGUUACCUCACCAGCUGUUCCAUGAAUCCGGCUAGGUCUUUUGGUCCUGCGGUCAUCGUCCGGAGCUUUCCUGACCAUUGGGUAUUCUGGGUGGGGCCUUUAUCAGGUGCGGUCUUGGCAUCUCUGCUUUAUAAUUUUGUUAUUUACCAUGACUCGAAGAGCUUUGCACAAAGACUGGCUAUUCUCAAGGGCAGCUAUGUUACCGAACAGUUGGAGAACGAUGGGACCAAGCAGAUCGAAUCAAGGCUGUAG